UCGUCCUUCAACACCAUACACCGCCGACAUGCCUAUACACAACUGGUUCAGAAUCGUCCUUACCGUCCUCUCCCUCAUUUCCUUCCUUCCCCAGAUCUCCCGCAUCGUGAGCAAGAAAUCCAGCGUCGAUAUCUCCCUCACCUAUAUCCUCCUUAACACAAUAUCCACCACCGAGCAAUUCACCCUGGGAUUCUACUAUAUCGCCAGUCACAAUCAUGACAGCGACUUCUUCGUCAGCGACCCACGCAACCUAGGCGACUGGCUCAACCUAGCCCAGCUCGCGGUGGUGUGGUUAAUGUCUCUCGUACUGUUUGCAGCAUGCCUAUUCUACGCUCCUAGCAGCGCCCCAAAAGCGCGCGUGGUAGCGAUGUAUGUGGCAUUCCUGCUCAUAUCCGUGGUGCCGUUGUUCACCGACGCCGUGAACUUCGGAGAAGACGAGGAUGAGAGAUGGUUUAGCGCCAUCUUCUUCGGCGUGCAUUCGAUGUUUGUGAAUUGGCCCGUCACUCUCGGGGGUAUCGCGGCGUUGUAUUUCCAGUGGCAGAAAGCCGCGGCAUUGAGCUCAGCUGGUCUAGCUGCGCAGGCAGUGGUCUUUGCUGCUGUGGCGCUGUCGUGGACCGCAAGGGUUCGAUUUGUAGAGAUGGAGCCAGGCGCAGGAAGCUUUCCGUUCAAGACUUGGUAUUAUCUGGUAGGGUGGGCGGCGGUUGACAACGGGGUUUUUGCACUUGUGCAGGCCGUGUUGUUUUAUCUGGCCAGGCAGCAUCAGAGUGGAAUACGAGGUGAGGAGGAACCUCUCUUGGGCCACUGA